GUUGUACAUGUCGCAAAGCAAAAUAUUGACCUACUGUGCGUGCGUUACCGUUUCCAUGGUAACUUGGACGCGAAAAGAGUUGAAAGCUGACAUAUCCCACCAAGAGAAAAUGCCACCCAAGAUUGCAAAGUCUGCCCAAAAGAAAGGAGGCAAGCUCAGUAAGGCUGAAAAGGAGCAACUUCAGAAAGAGGAGGAUGAGAGAAGACAGAAGGAAGAUGAGGAGGCUCGACUCCUGGCUGAGAAAGAGGAGCAAGAGAGGCUGGAGAGAGAGAGAAAGGAGCAGGAGGAGCAUCAGAAACUGGAACUAAAGGACAAAGAUCGCAGAGAGGAUGAGCUGAACGAACUGCGUCAUCUAGUGGAAGAGAACCAGACUGCAGUCACCAAGUGGGAGACUGACUCCAGAGCGAAAGCCAAGUGGGACAGGUACAUGCGUUGUGACGGGAGUCCAGACCCGUCAGUCCAGCAGGAGAUCAACACCUUCAUCAACCUGUGGUGCGAGGACCCAGAGGUCGAGAUCAAACCGAUUCUAAAGGAGUGUGCCCUGGCGCUACGGCUGCUAGAGGAGCUGGAGGGUAUGCUGAGGGAUGAGCCUGAACCAGCUGAUGCCCUGAGGUACCAGGAGACCCUCCUCUCCAUCCAGACUCUCAUCCAAUCCAAACUUGACCACAGCACUGAGGAGAUACUCAAGUGGGCCAAUGCUCAUUCAGACAUUGAGACGGGGAACAUGCAGACAGUGGUCCAGGAUGACAUCAUCACACUGUGUCUGUGGGCCAACCUUAACAAGAACCCAAGGUUUAAAGGGUUCCAGUUCGAGGAGGUGGGACUGGGCUUUGAGCUGCCCAAACAGCUGGCAGUCAGUGACGUCGCUGUGAGAAUCCUCCACACCCACUACGACCACUUGUCUCACCUGGCUAACCUGAAAAGCCAGAACCCCAGCAGGAUGUCCCUGGGCCUGGAGACCAGGGAGGAACUCCUUCUGGAGGGAGCGACCCCCGUGGGGGAGUGUGGGGAGACGGAGGGAGAUGGUGACAGGAGAGGGAGCACACAGCAGGGAGGUGCAGAAGAAGAGGUGCAGUCUGUCAGAGGGUCUGAAGGCAGGAAGAGUGCGGUGAGUGUGAUAUCUAUGAAGGAGGAGGGGAGGAGUGGUCAGAAGCAGCUGGAGGAUGCCCAACAGAAGCUGGAGGAGGAUGGGAGUCAGAUAGAUACAAUGUUAGAGGGAGAUGACUCAGGUGAGGGAGACUCCACCCCUACCCCGAUGGACCCAGUGAUUGACAGCUAUGAGGGUCAGGUGGUUGACCUUCAACAGUACACACCCCUGGGAGGAGUCUUCUACUGCGAUGUCUUCCGUCUGCCGCCACAAUCCCAACAACUCAAUGGAUGGGAGAUGAGAGAGCUGUUGGACACAGGGUUGCAGCCGUUCCCCUACCCCACAGAGCAGACUCAGAUCCAGGGCUCUGCCUCCAUGAAGCUGGAGGACAGUGGGGUCUUGACCAGUCCCCCUGUAGGGGUCACAGUCACCCUGCCUGACUCUGUCCUAUUCCUGGAGGACCCCCAGGUGGCCCGCUGGGACCCUGAAGGUCAGCACUGGAAGACCGACUGCAUCAGUGAGACGUCGUACGACCAGGCAGAGCGGAAGAUCUCGUUCAAGAUGGACUCAUUCUACGCCUUCACGCUUCUACAGGACUCGUAUGCCAACAUGCCGUUCCAGAGCUGGGAGCUCAGACCACUGGGCCAGGACUCUGCCCUGCUCACCAUCACCGCAGCCCUCACUGAAGUCAGCAUCACCAUCAAGGGCAGCAAGUGUAUGCUCCAGUCAGACCAGGAGAGAGGACUGAACCACAUCCUGGGCCAGUGGAUGAGUUCCUCUGAACUACAGAAAGCCAUGGUCAGCGCCGGGGUCAACAUCUUCGUCAACCAAUACUCCGACAAAUAUGUCAGCGUAAACGCAAAGGACCCUCUGAUAGAACACACUGUGUAUGAACAGAUGGCCCUGCUCUCCUCUGCAUUCGCCUUCUCCUGGAGCCAGUGGAACACGCAGUGUGGCCAUGAGCGUCUGGUGCUGCAGGUGUGUGAGCACCUAGACCCGGUCCCGGUCCGAGAGGACUCGUGGUGUGUGUACCUGCUGGGGGCCCGGAGGAGCCAAAGGCUGAGGAUCAAGGAACACAGUGAGGCGUUCUCUCCAGAGCUGGACCCCGGCAGCGAGUUCCACUCCACCUUCCUGCACAUGCUCCGAGAUGGCAUGUCCCCCGCCGGACAGGAACGACGCUCUCACCACCUGUUCGUCGACGCCGUGCACAGACUGCUGCGUGCCACACGGCCUCUCACAUACUCCUGACUACAGUAGAUACUAGACCCCCAAGCUCUGUCAGAGUAGCCAACAACCACAGAUCUAGGAUCAGAUUUAACUAUUCCCGAUCAUAACUUUAACCAUUAGGGGGAAUAUGUAUAUCUG